GCGCGCAGCAGGAAGGGCUUCCCGACUCGUCCCGCAGCCCGUGGCGAUGGGGGGCCGCGCGCCGCCCUCCCCCCGCUGAGGCGGCGGACCAUGCUGCUGCUGCCGCGGCUGCCGGAGGACGUGCUGCUGCUCAUCCUGGCCCACCUGGACCGCCGCUCGCUCGGCCGCCUCGCGCAGGUCAGCCGCGGCAUGAGCCGCCUGGUGGGCCGGGACGCCGUCUGGAGGAACGUCGCUAAACAGUUCCUGAACAGCGGCAUCACCCGGACCGGCGCAGACAUAUAUCCUCACAUUCCUCUGAAGGAGCGAGUGAGGACGGCUCAGAACUGGCAUGAUGGCGUCUGCAGGAAGGAAGUUCUGCUCAAGUGGAAAACCAAACUGUUGCCGUGGUUACAGCUGGACGGAGACACCCUGUUUGUGUCUCAGGCUGCGGAUAUCCGAGCGCAUCGCAUCCGCAGAGAGUCCGGCCGGCUGCAGCAGCGCCCCUCGCGCAUCUACUCCGGCCACCGGGGGGACGUGUGCCGCUUCGUGAGCACGCCGUCCCACCUGAUCAGUGGAGGAAGUGACGGGCGGAUCCUGGUCCACAGCAGAAGAGCCGGCGGCUCUGCGGAGCUGCCCGGCCACAGCCAGGAGGUGCACUGCCUGGACUGCCGAGAAGACCUGAUCGUCAGUGGAUCCAGAGACCGCACAGUCCGGAUUUGGAGUUUAUCUUCUUCUUCGCCCAGAGAAACUCUCCCCAUGUCUGACCGAGUGUGGUCGGUCGCCAUCAGUCCGGCACAGAGUUCCUUCGUGACGGGCACGGCGUGCUGUGAAGACCGCGCCCCCCUGCGGAUCUGGGACACCGAACGGCUGGAGUGUGUGUGCAGUCUGGGCUCUGGGUUUCGGCGUGGAGCUGGAGUUCUAGACAUCGUGUUUGAGUCGCCGUCCCAGAUCCUCAGCUGUGGGUACGACACCUUCAUCCGCCUGUGGGACGUCCGGCUCAGCACUCGGAAGUGCGUGAUGGAGUGGGAGGAGCCUCAUGACAGCGCUCUGUACUGCAUCCAGACCGACGGGAACCACAUGAUCGCCAGCGGCUCCUCCUACUAUGGCGUGGUCCGCCUGUGGGACCGACGGCAGGCUGCCUGCUUACAGUUCUUCCAGCUGGGCCCGGGUCCGGUCAGCAGCCCCGUGUACUGCCUGAGGUUCAGCAGCUCCCAGCUGUUCGCCGCUCUGGCCUCGUCGCUGCUCCGUCUGGACUUCAGGCCCGGUGCCUCGGACUGCAGAUGAUACUCCGGUCUGCUGCCGUCGCUUCAAUAAAGACGUCUAUUUUCCCAGUAAAUGUUUCCACCUGUGCCGGCUCUUUGACUCGGGGCCGUGGCUGUGUGUCAAACACUGCUUGGUCCGUCCUCUGCUUGGUCCGUCCUCUGCUUGGUCCGUCCUCUGGCUCAUGUGAGCUCUGAGGAGCUCAUCUGGAGCUGGAGGACCCUGAGAGGACGGGUCAGCUCACUGCUCUGACCCCGUCCCUCCCUGAUCAGAGAAGACGAGUGGAGUUUGGCAGUGUUGAAUUGAAAAGGGAAGAGGAGCAGGAAGUCCCUCCAGGUCCUGCUGACACCUCGAGACCAGAACAGAUACUGCCUUUCACCCAACGUCUUCUCUGACCCGUCCUCUUCGGCCGGGCACUGGACAGGACUGGAGGACAGGGCUGGAGGACAGGGCUGGAGGACAGGACUGGAGGACAGGACUGGAGGACAGGGCUGGAGGACAGGACUGGAGGACAGGACUUCUUGGAGCCUCGUGGCUUCACUCUGGCAGCAUCUUUGUGCCAAUGAGGCCAUCUAGUGUCCACAGGGGGAAGUGCAGCCUGCUGCUCGGUCACAGUCCUGGUCUGAAUGGGACUGCUGCUGGUUCUGAUCAUUUACCGUGUGUGUGUGUGUGUGUGUGUGUGUGUGUGUGUGUGUGUGUGUGUGUGUGUGUGUGUGCGCGUGCUGCUGUACUGUUCCAGAGCUUCCAGAUGAGGCCCCUCAGCUGGACCCGAGAGCUCUCCUCUCUAGAAACAUCCCCACCAGCCAUUCUUUUAAGCUUAGUCUUAAUCCUCACCCUAAACCCAACAUGAUCCUGCCACGUGGAGCCGGUUCCACUGCUGCAGGUCCUGAUCCACCGCCU